AUGAUGGAGAGGAAGGGAGGGUGCUGCUUGGCGCCGAGGUACGCAGCCGGGGCCCAGGCAGGCCAGGGGUGGCACAUGGGAAGGGCCAUGCUGAAGUUUAGGCCCAUCGCGCCAAAGCCGGCGGUGAUGGCGCCUGCGCCGAUGCCGGCCGUGCCCGCUGGGAAGGGGAAGGGGAGACGGAAGGCGGUUGCAGGGCCAGGGGGUACCGGGAGGAGGGGACGGAAGCCCAAGAAGCAGGCCACGGUGGCUGCACCGACGACGCAAAAGUUGGACUACGUGCAGGACAAGCCUUUGUCCUCGCCGUCCUCCUCCUCGUCGGGGAUGACGUCCGUCGACUCGUCGCCUCCUCCACCCCUGCCGCUCAUGCCUGUGCUGCCGGCAGAGGAGGGGUUCGGUGGGGCGGCGCCGGUGGCGAAUCUGGCGCCUGCCCACGUUGCCGGACUGGUCCUGCCGCCGCAGGCGCUGCGGCAAGCGGUGUCCUGGGUGACGGUUGAGGACGUCACAGGCAUCUGGCGCGACGGCGAGGCGCCGUACGCUGCGGCCUGCGGCGGCGACGAGGCCCCAACGUUCGUGUCCGACCAGUGCGGCCGCGUCACGUGGACAAACGUGGCUUUCAACCGGGCAGUGUCCGGUAGGGAGGACGUAGACGCAGCCAUGGCCCCGUCGGCGGCCGCUUCCGAGGUGCGGGUGGUGCUCGCCGCCAAGGAUGGCGCCCCCGUGCCGGCGUGGGGCUCCUGUGCCGGUUUCACCUGUCGGGUGCGCGUCCCGUACGCAUGCCCUCGCCGAGGUUCCCUCGUGGCCCCGUGCGACGUGUGGCGGCUAGACGCUGGUGGCUACCUCUGGCGGCUCGACCUUCAGGCCACCCUCAGCCUCUCCCUCGGCGGCUUCAUUUGA